ACAUUUGUGCUGAAUCAUAACAAUAAAUCGAUUGGGUAACAAAUGUUUUACCCGCGGUUUCACACCAAUACAGCAAAAUGGCAGUAUAGUAUGGAUUUGUGAAACGAGCAUUUUGUGAAAUUAGUUGAAUUUUCGCUAUACAAAACCAGCAAAUCAACCGAGAAAAGCGUUCACAAAUUCAUACAAUCAUCACAACAAAAACAUUUCUGCUGAAAUUCAAAUAAGCGUAUUGUGUGUGUAAUCCGAUUUGGAGUUUUUCUUACCUUCUGUCGUUCUGUGUUUGGGUGAACCAAUUUAUGUGACACAAUAAAUAAUAUACAACUCGCGCGCGGUGUUGAAUCACAAAUUGUUUCGUUUUCGCUGUUCUUGGAAUAAUCAUUUACUGCAAACAUAAUAUACAAAGAUCGGAAAAAUGACUGACCACAGUAACUUAGAUCGGCAAAUAGAACAAUUGAAACAAUGUGAGAUUAUCAAAGAGAAUGAAGUGAAGAUGCUGUGUGCACGAGCACGAGAAAUCUUAGUGGAAGAAGGAAAUGUACAAAAAGUGGACUCGCCUGUGACGGUAUGCGGUGACAUUCACGGUCAGUUCUACGACCUCAAAGAACUGUUCAAAGUGGGCGGUGAUGUGCCGGAAACGAAUUACUUGUUCAUGGGCGACUUUGUGGAUCGAGGCUACUACAGUGUUGAAACAUUUCUGCUGCUUCUGGCGUUGAAAGUACGCUAUCCCGACCGGAUCACACUCAUUCGUGGCAAUCACGAGUCCAGACAAAUCACUCAGGUGUACGGAUUUUACGACGAAUGUCUGCGAAAGUAUGGUUCGGCCGCUGUAUGGCGAUACUGUACAGAGAUCUUCGACUACUUGAGCCUGUCGGCUAUUAUUGACGGCAAAAUAUUUUGCGUUCACGGUGGUCUCAGUCCAUCCAUUCAGUAUUUAGAUCAAAUCCGGUCGAUCGAUCGAAAACAGGAAGUACCGCAUGAUGGGCCAAUGUGCGAUUUACUGUGGAGUGAUCCAGAAGAUACCGUUGGCUGGGGCGUAUCACCGCGUGGUGCUGGUUAUCUAUUCGGCUCGGAUGUUGUUGCCCAAUUUAAUGCUGCCAACGACAUUGACAUGAUUUGUAGAGCUCACCAGCUUGUGAUGGAAGGCUACAAAUGGCAUUUUAAUGAGACUGUACUGACGGUGUGGUCGGCGCCAAACUAUUGCUACCGAUGUGGCAAUGUUGCUGCAAUUUUAGAACUUAACGAUCACCUGCAGCGUAAUUUUAUCAUUUUCGAAGCGGCACCCCAAGAGAGUCGAGGAAUUCCGUCAAAGAAACCGCAACCCGAUUAUUUCUUAUAAAAUUUCAUUUGCAUGAAUUUGAUCUGUUUACGUUUUUUUUGUGGUUUCCUCUUUUUUUUACAAUUUUUCUUUCUUUCCCCGUUUUUCAUUGACAAUUUUCAUUUAGCGACAGUUUUAAGUCAACCAUGCUGCCAUGCAUACACUAUGAAUAACUAUAUUUAAUAAUGGAAUUUAGAUGUUCCGGUCAACCUUUUCUUUUAGACAAUUUUCCUUUCCCUUUGUGAUUCCGAAAGAAAAGUCCAAUUUUUUUUUUAUUUCCAAAUAAAUUAAGAAGAAAAAAAUCAUUAGAAAUUAUGAACAUAGACCGAAGAUCGUUAGAGAUUAAUCACAACAGUAAAAUAACUAAAUAAAAUGACAGAAUUUGUAAAGAGAUUUUCGAUUUUCUUUUAAUUUUUGGUUCGUGUUUCCGGGUCAGUGCUUCAGACUGUCGGAACAGUAUACAAGUAUAUAUAUAUAUAAACAGACAACAAAGUAGCAUAUAUACCGUAAAAUUAAAUAAGAUUUUUUAGAAGAAUUUUUUUUAUUCGAAUUACAAGUAAACAAGUAACUGAAAACAA